UCUUUGUAUUUGGUUGCGUCAGAGCCGGCCGGGGGCGUGAGUUGCUCCCCUGAUUUGUGCCGGGCACGCUUCUCCUUGCGGGAUUCCCUUCCAGACAGGCAAGAAGCGUCUUCUCCGUCUCUCUCUCCUCUUAGAGUGAUUGUUGUGUCUCUCUGUGUCUUCGGCCCUGGAAGGCGCCGGUCCGGCUCCGCUUGGCUCCCUCCUGCACCGCCCGAGGAUGUAUCAGAGCCCCGCUCGCUCCCUCUGCUCGGCCCUCUCCAGCCUCUGCUGCGCUCCAACGGCCACCACCUCCUCCUCCUCCACGAGGCUCCUGCGCUCCCCUGCGACCGUCAAGAGAGCCCUUUCCUCGCCCACGCGGCUCUCCUCUGCCUCCUCCGGCCUCCCUCGCAGCGUGUGCGCAGCCGCGGCCACUUCUCUCGCAGUACAUUCCAUGGGCAACAGUACUAGCAGGCUCUAUAGUGCUCUUGCAAAGACUUUAAGUAGUGGUACUUCCUCCAAACAUCAAGAAUAUUUGGAACAGACAGACCCUGAACUCCUGGAUCCCAUAGAUCCCAAGGAUCUGCUUGAAGAAUGCCAGAUUGUUCUUCAGAAACGCCCUGCCCGGCUCCAACGGGAUUUUGUGGAUUUGAGGACCAACUCUACCAGACAUCACCAACCCAUUAGAGUCAUGCAGUGGAACAUACUUGCCCAAGCUCUUGGUGAAGGCAAAGACAACUUCGUUCAGUGCCCUAUGGAAGCUCUAAGGUGGGAGGAAAGAAAAUGCCUGAUUCUCGAAGAGAUCCUUGCUUAUCAACCAGAUAUCUUGUGCCUCCAGGAAGUAGACCACUACUUUGAUACCUUUCAGCCUCUGCUCAGUCGAAUGGGGUACCAGUGUACUUUCUUGCCCAAACCAUGGUCUCCCUGUUUAGACGUGGAAUGUAACAAUGGGCCAGAUGGCUGCGCCUUGUUCUUCCUCAAAGACAGAUUUAGUCUUGUCAACAGCACCAACAUCAGGUUGACUGCCAUGAAACUCAAAACCAACCAAGUGGCUAUAGCUCAGAUACUGAAAUGCAAUGAAACGGACAGACUGUUGUGUAUUGCCGUUACUCAUUUGAAAGCUCGCAAUGGCUGGGAAAGAUUUAGAUAUGCUCAAGGGGCUGACCUCCUUGAGAACCUGAAACGGAUCACCCAAGAAUCUGAGAUCCCACUCAUUGUUUGCGGUGACUUCAACGCCGAUCCCACUGAAGAGGUGUACAAGGAAUUCUCCAACUCCAGUCUGAACCUCAACAGUGCUUACAAGCUCCUGAGUGCCGAUAGGCUGUCAGAACCCCCAUAUACAACAUGGAAAAUACGCCCAUCUGGAGAAUGCAGACACACGCUAGAUUAUAUCUGGUAUUCACAACAUGCCUUAAAUGUGGACAGUGCACUCAGUCUUCUAACUGAAGAGCAAAUUGGACCCAACAGGCUUCCGUCUUUCAAUUACCCUUCAGACCACCUGUCUUUAGUAUGUGACUUCACUUUUAAUGAAGAUCCCGACAGGCUUUUAUAGUUAGCAGGAACUAGAGGGUGUGCAUGUUUUUUAAAAGUAUACAAUGUUAGCCUUUGUAUGGGGGGUAUUUAUGGAUAAUUAUUUCUUUUCAGCUAUACCCUCAAAAUAAAGUUUUGCCAUCAACAUCUUGCUGUGACAGUCAAAACAAACCAACAAAAGUCCCUUGCUAAUUUAUUUUAAACCUGUUUUGCCACCUCUUGGUUUGAAGACAAGAUCUACAUUUAUUUUUGAAACAGUUGUUAUGGAAGCAGGAGUCCAGAUCUGUGAUUUUGGUCCUGCUGGGAUAGUUCUCCUAUAUGUAUACAUAGUAGGACAAAACGGUAGAAUGAGCCGUAGCACAUGUAUUGCAUUGAAACUGUACUUGAAUGACCAAAUUUUAGUAACUGCAACAUUCAAACAGUUUUAUUUUGGAUAUGAAGACUAAUACACAUUUUAAUUGAUUAAAAU